AUGUGUUCCAAUCUAAUGCUUCAUCAAAAUAUAAUUAAAAAUAAUGUUAAAAAAAGAAGAAAGUUAAUUUCAACAUUUUUAAAAAGACAACAACAUUAUAGGAUAAAUAAUACAGUUGAUAAAUGGAUAGAAGCAUACAUUGACAAUGAUUUUCAUGGACAUUUCCGAAUGACAAGAAGUACUUUUACAAAACUGGUAUCAAUGUUUAGGCAAGAUGCACAAAUGGAUGUAUCUUAUACUGGAGGCCAUGAACCUUUGUCAAUUGAAAAAAAAUUAUUGAUAACUCUAUGGUACUUAGCUAAAGAAGGAGCUAUGUUCACCACUGGUGAAUUUUUCAACAUUGCAAAAUCUACUGUAAAAAAAGCUGUAGACCUAGUGGUAAAUCAAUUAUGUAAAUUCUCCUCUAAAAUAAUUGUUUGGCCUAAGAAAUCGGACUGUGUAGAAAUUGCGAAAGUUUUUCAUGAAAAGUCCAAGUUUCCAGGUGUUAUUGGUGCUAUUGACGGAUGCCAUUUUACUGUAAAACCUCCUGCAGAUCAACAGGAUAGCUAUACAGAUAGAAAAUUAAACAAAUCAAUUCUAAUGCAAGGAAUUUGUACAUCCAAUAAAAUAUUUACAAAUGUAAAUGUGGGGUUCCCUGGUAGGCUACACGAUGCUAGGGUUUUUGUUAAUAGUCAAGUGUCCAUAAAAGUUGAUGAAGAAGGGCAAGAAGAAUUAUUUUACAGUUAUAAAUAUCAUUUGCUAGGAGACUCUGCGUACCUUAAUCUUAGCUGGUUGAUUGUUCCCUUUAAAGACUAUGGAAAUUUGAAUAGUAGACAGAGACAAUUUAAUUAUACACUAAGCAAAGCAAGGGUAUGCAUAGAACAUGCCUUUGGUUUACUUAAAGGUAGAUGGAGGCGUUUGUUAUACAUAAAUACAACAAACAUGAAAAAAGCCUCAAAAAUUAUACUUGCCUGUUGUGUACUUCAUAAUUUUUGUCUUUUAAAUGAUGAUUACCUCGAUGUUGUUGUUGAAAAUAUUCUCAAAGUUAAUGAAAGCCAAGAACAUACAAGAAAUAGAUUUGAAAUUUUAACUGGAGAUGUAAAAAGAAAUGAAAUUUUAAGACUGUUAAAUAUAUAA